GGAAGUACAUGUGAAGUCGCAUAUCGAUAUUGAUCGAUCACCAGGAGUGCCACACAGAACCCAAAAAGGGGAGCGGUCUGUUUCCCAGUAAGAUGUGCAUGCAGUCCUACGGUAACGGUAAGUACAUAACUGAACCAAAUAUCUCGGUACUUGGUUGCACUGCUGGGAUCCAAGUAAUCCUUCACCCCUACGUAACUAUCUUGCGCCAUAUGCUUACAGGCCCCUGACAUGCAGACACUAUACCCAUCACGUUUCGGCCUUACCAUCCUAUCAUCCAACUAGGGCAAGCUGAUAUGUAGGAUGUAUCUCGACAUGCCCUGUCCCGCAGCCUUUGGUCAUCUAUUUUCGGUGAAUGGUCAUUCUGGUGGUCAAUCCCACGACAAUUACUAGGUAUAUACCCAGGACUUAGGUUAAUGGUCGGCGAUCGAUCCCUCCAGGUCCGCUCAAGUCUAGAAUAUUCCACCUUCCCAAACCUCCCCUCUUCGCGAUAUCCCUUAAUCCACUCCAAGUUUCUUUCACGGUCUCUUACUUUACACGAUGGAGAAACACUCUGAAGAAUCGAGCGACCCUCUGCUUCGUCAGUCGGCAGAAGAAGAGAGCUCUAUAUAUAGUACAAGUAACCCUCCUAGUGAUUUUGGGGAUGGCCGUCGGCGAAUCUAUGCGUGGCUACGUGAGCAUGCUGUCUCGAUAGCGACUAUCUCAUUGCUCUUCUAUAUUGCGGUGGCGUUGACGGUCGAUAUUGCGAUCAGAGCUGCUCAGCAACCGCCUGAACCAUUGGGCAAGAUUAUUAGCCUAGUGAGCGACAGCCUACAAUUCGAGGAGAGGAAGGAGUGGUAUCCCCCAGAUGCCCCAUGGACUCUAGGACCCUCGGAUGAGCUAGAUGCGGCAUGGGAGGAUUUACUCUACGCCAUCGAUAUUAGGGUUACAGGCGACGAGCUGGACACACUCGGGGUCAAUAUGACGAACCGAGUCCAGGUGAACGGCGGUGACUAUCUGGGGUCCAUAGGCGUCUACCACCACUUGCAUUGUCUGAAUAACUUGCGGAUGAUUGUGCACUGGGACUACUACGAGCCGAAAUUCGCGGACUCUGAGUACUUGGAACACAUGGGCACAGAACACUCAGACCACUGCAUCAACAGCCUUCGCCAGGCCGUGAUGUGUCAUGCGAAUACCGCAAUAUCCACCUUCGAGUGGGUGGACGAGGAAAACCUGCUCCAGGGGAAAGAGCAAAGGCUGGAAGGCUCGACGACGUGCGCGAACUGGGAGAGUCUGGACGGCUGGGCACGCCAGAGGACAUUGGUCUCGGGGAAUUACACAUAUCGACCUGGGCCCUUCGCGGCCAAUAAAGCCAAGGACAUGGAUGUAGAGUGAGGUGAUUGUAAGAUUGAGUCGGUGCUUAUCUGAUGGCCACGGCAGUCAGAGCAAAAUCGGGCGAGAGGGAGAGGGAUCAUAUGAUGCCAGCCAAUAAUCUCGUCAACACAGCUGUUUGAGUGACAAUCCCAUGCCACCGAAUUUAUUAUAAUCCCCUGCAUAUUGCAGCCCUACGAUAUCCCUACAAUGUAACAGUAAGGGAUGGCAUUGGUUAGAGAGCGGGGUGUCAUCCUCAUCACCGUCAUCUUAUAAGUUGUACGUACUUGUAUAGCCCCCAAUGUAAUAAUACAUACUACGUGAAGGAAGAGAAU